AUGGAUAUCAAGGAAACAACAGGCAAGGACUCGGCCGUCGUCGCCCAAGAAGGAGUAUUCGGCAUACCCCCCAAAGGCUAUCGACUGUUCGGAAUCGUCUUCCCAGCAUAUAGAUCACCCAUCGUGCAAUGCCUGAUUAUAUCCUGUGUCCACCUGCUGGUGGUGGGCAUGUUUAACGUCCUGUCUGCGCUCGGUGGUGGUGGCCAGGUCGACCCGACGACCAGCAACAAUGCCAACACUAUCCUGUACAGCCUGUUCUGCGUGUUUGCCCUCACGGCUGGAUCAGUAGUCAAUUUCCUCGGACCGAAGAUUACACUCGCCACGGGAGGUAUUGGGUAUUCGCUUCUAUCAGCCUCUUUUUGGAGCUACAACCACAACAAGAACGAGGGGUUUGUGUACUUUGGCGGUGCUAUGUGUGGUAUUGCUGCAGCUUUUCUUUGGACGGCAGAAGGAUCUCUCAUCAUGUCCCUUCCAAUGGAGAAAGACAAGGGUAAAUACAUCAGUCUCUUCUACGGUCUGUCCUUCUUCGGCACCGUCAUCGGCGCGAUAAUACCGACUGUAGAAAACUGGGGCGUUACAACCGCCGGCAGUGCCAAUGACGGAACAUACAUUGCCCUUUUCAUUCUCAUGGUCCUUGGUAGCGUGGUAGCGUGCUUCAUUUCCAACCCAUCACGUGUGAUCCGGAACGACGGAACAAGGGUUUUCAUCCCCCGAAACACGACUUUCCUUCAAGAAUUAAAGAAUGUCGUUCUCGUCGUCAAACGCGAACCGUGGAUUAUCCUCUUCUUCCCGUACAGCUUUGCCGGGCUAUGGUACAUCCCCUACCAGAGCAAUGAUUACAAUGCUUACUAUUUCGACCUACGAACCCGGGCUUUCGGGUCCCUAUGGUUUGACUUUGGCCAAUUCGUCAUGGCAGUGAUCAUGGGCAUGUUCCUUGAUUUGAAGGUGAUUGGUGGUCGGCGGCGCCGUGCAUUUAUGGGUUGGGCAGUGCUGUUUAUCCUGCUGAAUGCAGUCUUUAUCGGAGGUGUAUUUCCGGCCCGUGAAUCACAUCGUGGUGUAGCGCCUCCAGGUGGUCUCAUCGAUGUGACGGAUUCGUCAAGAGCAGGUGGAUACAUCACUCUCUUUGUGUUUUAUGGAUGCGUGGACGGCGCAUGGCAAACAUUUGCGUGGUGGGUAGUUGGUGCUCUUUCUAAUGACCCGCUCGUUUUGUCGAUCUAUUCGGCCUUUUAUAAGGUGUUUGGCGCGAUGGGUGCAGCUAUUGUUUUCAAUCUCGAUGCUCGCGGUAUUAGCUACCAGAGUAUGUUUGGCAGUUAUUGGGGUCUAUUAGCUGGUUCGAUGCUGCUUGUGCUUGUGCUGAUUUACAAGCGGGUUAAAGACACAUCGGGAUUGAUUACUGAGGCCGUGGCACUUGAGAAGUUGGGUGAUAUGCAGCUUGAGGAUAAGUAA